UAAAAUAAUCUCUAGUUACUAGAGUCAGAAAAUACAGAAGCAGGAAAAUCCACUCACAAUGUCAACCUCACAUGGCGAGUACCAGAGCUCAGGAAUGCUCUCCAGAGACCAAUUGCUUCAUCUCUUCGAUCGCUUCUCCUUCCUCACCUCCCAACCUGAAGUGAAGAAACGGAUUGCGGACGCUGUGGACGACAAACAGGAAGCAGUUGCUGUGACCACGGAACUCCAGGAGGAGAUAUUUUUGGAGAUGGGAGUUGAUCCAAGGUUUGGUCUAGCUUGCUUGGGGAAAGUAAAUAUGGCCUACGAGAGUGAUCAAGAUUUGAUGGUUCACUUUUAUAGAUUCGUAGUGCAGGAAGAGAUGGCUUGCGAGGAAGCUGAGCUUGGACCAGACCAAUUCUCUAAGAAACUGCAAAUGCAACAUAAACUACAAGAACAGCAACUGGAGAUGCUAAAACACAUGCGCAAAUUUCACUUGGAUGACCAGUCUGCGAUCCUUGACAAGUUGCACCAGCAGACGGACUCUGAUAGUGUGGCAUCAGUUCUUUCGGCGGAGCAGAUCCAGGAUAUUGUCCGGAGAAGGGUAACACCUUUAUUUAAGCCGAGGUAGUUAGGUACUUUAGUUUGUACUCAUUCAUAUGCUCCUUCUUGUUGUUUGGGAGCUCUAUUUUUUUCGCACCAGAAGGAAGUUGUUUGUACUUGCAUUGCUUCUGAGCAAAAGGAAAUCUGAUUUAUACUC